GUUCCCAUUAAUCUUGGAGUCUUGAAUUGCCUGAGGGUGACUACAUUUUCAGGACAUUUCACAUUUGGUUAAAUUAUUCCUUUAAACAAGGUUUCAAACACUUUUCACGUCCCCUUAUGUUUCAGGUGCAUCCUGUUGCUUAUUGUUCUGUUCUUCAUUCCUGGAGUGGUGAUGAUCAUCGCUUAUGGGCUCAUUUCUCGAGAACUCUACCGUGGAAUACAGUUUGAAUUGGAGGAGAAGAUGGGACAGAGUGGAAUGAAAAAUGGUAUCAGCGCCACUGUCUUAUAUAGCAGUGAUGAUGGAGACGGCUGCUACAUCCAGGUAUCCAAGAGGCCCAGCUCAAUGGAGAUGUCAGCACUCACCCCAACAGGCUCCGCAAAGGUGGACCGACCUCGUAGCAACACGUCCGAGGCUAAACUAAUGGCCAAGAAGCGAGUGAUCCGUAUGCUCAUUGUCAUUGUGGCUAUGUUCUUCAUCUGCUGGAUGCCCCUGUACUCUGUCAACACCUGGAAAGCAUUCGACCUUCCCUCGGCCCACAGGGCUCUUUCUGGAGCCCCCAUCUCAUUCAUUCACCUGCUGUCCUACACAUCUGCCUGUGUCAACCCAAUUAUCUACUGCUUUAUGAACAAGCGCUUUCGAAAGGCACUUCUCACCACCUUCUCCUGCUGCUGCUGGCCCUGCCAGAGAAAAGGCUUCAGGGAAGGUGAUGAUGAGGUUAAUGCCACUGGAGCGUCCAUGUCUAAGUUCAGCUACACCACUGUCAGCACAAUGGGACCAUGCUGAUUCUCAGAGGACCCAGGCUGGGCAAGAUGGAGAAGAAUCGGGGUUGAUGUUGACAUAUUGUGAGGGUUUACUUUGUUAGCAGACUUAGAUAUCACCUACACUCUUAAAACUGCUUGGUUGUUUCAACCCAACUUUGGGUCCGAUAUGGA